AUGGAUCGUGCAUGUGGGUCUGUGACUCAUCCUCCGUUUCUUGAUGAGAAUACUAACUAUGGGGCUUGGAAAGCUAAGAUGAAAUCUUUUCUGUGGGCUCAAGGUACAAAGGUGUGGACAACUAUUGAGAAUGGUUGGGAACCUCCAACAAAGGAAAUUAAAGGGCGUGGAAAAGAGGUUGAAGGUGAAGGCCAGUCGACAACAAAGGUUGUAAUUAAGCAAAAUACAGAGUGGACUGAUGAAGAAAACAUAUGA